AGUGACCAAGAACGUGAAAGGAACACUGUUUUCUUUUCGCGAAAUAUCACACACUUGUAUGACGGAAACAUAGAGACAUUUGUUGCACCAUUGGAGAAAUGUCUCAUUUACUUUCACGCAACUGGCACAUCACCAAACCCCGGCUUGGAAUAUUCAUUUUCAAAAGUCGCAGAUACAGUCAAUCAUCCAGGGUAUGGCUUUGGGGUUAUCGACUGCGGUUAUAUGCCGAGCCUGUGUUACAUGUACGACGUUCACCGGACACCAGCUCUCAAACUAUUCUCCAACGGCUUCGAAGUCAGCACCAUCAGCGCACCAGAGAGCCUCACUCCAGAGGCGAUGCAAAAGUUGAUGGUAAUGAGCCCAGUACUCAAUAAACCGCUCGUAAAAGUGGGAGAGGAUUUAAUGGCAAAAAAAGCAAGACAACAACAGCAGACGCCGACUCGCCAUGGAAAGUUCUGCUGGUAG